AUGUGCCAAAGAUUAAUAUUGAAUCCUACUGAAAAGGGUGAUAUCCCUAUAAAAGGUGUCAUUUUUGACAUGGAUGGAACAUUAUGUCUUCCUCAAACUUGGAUGUUUGCUGCCAUGAGAGAUGCAAUUGGACUAGCUGAUAAAAGUAUUGAUAUUCUAAAGUUCAUAGAUGCCUUGAGCCCCGAGAAUCAGACUAUUGCAAAGAAGAAGAUUGCAGAUGUUGAAGAAAAGGCAAUGAAGGAGAUGGAACCACAACCAGGGUUGAUUGAGUUGUUGCAUUUCAUCACAGAAAAUGACGUCUCCAAAGCUAUAUGCACAAGAAAUUUGAUUAAACCUGUUAACCACCUAAUGAACAGUUUUAUUCCUGAUCAUAAAUUUGACCCUAUAGUCACAAGAGAGUUCUCUCCAACGAAACCUCACCCAGCUCCCAUUCAACAUAUUGCAGAAUCAUGGAACACAGAGCCUAAAAAUCUUAUAAUGGUUGGUGAUUCAAUCGAUGAUAUGAAAUCUGGGAAAGAUGCCGGUGCCACUACAGUUUUAAUAAGAACGCAUGCAAAUGAUCACAUUAGAGAUAUAGAACAAACAGAUUAUGUUAUUGAUAGGCUUGAUGAUUUAAUAAAAAUGAUGCAAAAUGGUUUGGAUCUCAAAAAUUAA